CGGUUAUUAUUUCUAGGAGGUUUUGUGUUUUGUUUUUGUAAAUUGCUUGGUAAUUUCUAUGUACACAAUCAUGCCAUUGCAUUUAUUUCUUCCUUUAAGAUUUGUAUGAAUUUUCAUUUCUUUCCUUGCCUUAUUACAAUGGCUAGAACUUUUAGCAAACUUAAAUAAGAGUAGUUACAAGAGCGAGUGUUUUGCGACAGCACGUGACCCUUUUGCGACACCACGUGGUCAGGAGGGGUAUAAAAGCGCCAGUGAGCAUGCAGCAGCUCCAUUCUUUCCGCGAAGCACGUGUGUGUACAUAGGAAAGCCAUUAUGCUGGGAUUUUACGAGAUUGUGGUGAAGGUUCCCAGCGACCUGGAUGAGCACCUACCCAAUAUUUCUGACUCCUUUGUAAACUGGGUGUCAGAAAAGGAAUGGGAACUGCCGCCAGAUUCUGACAUGGACAUAAAUCUGAUAGAACAGACGCCGCUGACCAUGGCCAAGAAGCUCCAGCGCCACUUUCUGACGGAGUGGAGGUCGGUGAGCAAGGCCCCGGAGGCCCUCUUUUUUGUCCAAUUUGAAAAGGGGGAGUCCUACUUCCACCUGCACAUCCUGGUGGAAACCACGGGCAUGAAAAGCAUGGUUUUGGGCCGAUAUUUAGCCCAAAUUCGUCAGAAACUGGUUAACCGCAUUUACCGCGGGAUCGAACCGACCAUGCCAAACUGGUUCGCGGUCACUAAAACGCAUAAUGGCGCCGGUUGGGGGAACAAGGUGGUGGACGAUUGCUACAUCCCCAACUACCUGCUCCCCAAAACCCAGCCCGAGCUCCAGUGGGAGUGGACUAACAUGGAGCAGUAUAUAAGCGCGUGUUUGAACCUGGCAGAGCACAAAUGGCUUGUGGCACAGCAUUUGACACACGUCAGCCAGACGCAGGAGCAGAACAGAGAGAAUCAGAAUCCCAAUUCUGACGCGCCGGUAAUCAGGUCAAAAACUUCUGCUGGCUACAUGGAGCUGGUGGGGUGGCUGGUGGAGUGCAGAAUUAAGUCAGAAAAGCAAUGGAUCCAGGAGGACCAGCAGUCUAGGAUCUAGACCUAGAAAUACCAUUUGACCCAGCCAUCCCAUUACUG